GAAGAGGAUGUGAUCAUGUGAUCGUUAUUAGCACAGGGGAAAUUGUGAAAGGGGCCUUGCUCUAGAAAAGGCAACACACAAUCGCCUCGCCUCCCAGAGGACCUCGAGCUCUGAGAGGACAUCUGAGAGUGUUUCCGUCUGUCUGUCCAUCCGACAUGGAACCAAAGCGGAUCAGGGAGGGCUACCUUGUGAAGAGGGGGAGUGUGUUCAACACCUGGAAGCCCAUGUGGGUUGUAUUAUUAGAAGAUGGAAUUGAAUUCUAUAAGAAGAAAAGUGACAACAGCCCCAAAGGAAUGAUCCCCCUGAAGGGAAGCACUCUGACUAGCCCUUGUCAGGACUUCGGCAAAAGAAUGUUUGUGUUUAAGAUCACUACGACCAAACAGCAGGACCACUUCUUCCAGGCAGCCUUCCUGGAGGAGAGAGAUGCCUGGGUUCGGGACACCAAGAAAGCCAUUAAAUGUAUUGAAGGAGGCCAGAAGUUUGUGAGGAAAUCCACCAGGAGGUCCAUUCGACUACCAGAAACCAUUGACUUAAGUGCCUUGUAUUUGUCCAUGAAAGAUGCUGAAAAAGGAGUAAAAGAACUGAAGCUUGAGAAGGACAAGAAGAUUUUCAAUCACUGUUUCACAGGUACCUGUGUCAUUGACUGGCUGGUAUCCAACCAGUCUGUUCGGAAUCGCCAGGAAGGUCUCAUGAUUGCCUCCUCACUGCUCAAUGAAGGGUACCUGCAGCCCGCUGGAGACCUGUCCAAGACUGCGGUGGAUGGCACCUCUGAAAACCCUUUCCUGGACAACCCUGAUGCUUUCUACUACUUUCCAGACAGUGGGUUUUUCUGUGAAGAGAAUUCCAGUGAUGAUGACGUGAUUCUCAAAGAAGAAUUCAGAGGGAUCAUUAUCAAGCAGGGAUGUUUACUCAAGCAGGGCCAUAGGAGGAAAAACUGGAAAGUGAGGAAGUUCGUUCUGAGAGAAGAUCCUGCAUACCUGCACUACUACGACCCUGCAGGGGGGGAAGAACCCCUGGGAGCGAUUCACCUGAGAGGAUGUGUGGUGACUUCAGUGGAGAGCAACUCAGAUGGCAAGAAGAGUGAUGAAGAGAACCUUUUUGAGAUCAUCACAGCUGAUGAGGUGCACUAUUUCUUGGAAGCGGCCACCUCCAAGGAGCGCAUCGAAUGGAUCAAAGCCAUCCAGCUGGCCUCCCGGACUGGGAAGUGAGGGCACGCCUGCAGCUUCUCCUCACCCACCCCGAGGGAACCUCCCAGAUACCCUCGCUCCAGCAGCUAUCCACUUCUGUGAAGAAUCAAUGAGAAAGGGCCCAGGGGUGGGAAGUUAUCUCCUGCAGGGGAUUCUGAAUGUAAUUAACCAUGUGCUGGAAGUUCACCUGCACAGCAUUGCUCACCGAAACUCUUUGCCCCUCCUCAUGUGCCCCAAGCAGAAAAAGCAGGCUGUGUGGUCUGGGUGGGCUGCUCUCCCUCUCCAGGACUCAAGUCUCUUCUGAAAAAUGCAGUUGAACUGGGAGAUCUCUGAGGUCCUUCCACUUAAAAGACAAAAUGCCCUAUGAUUCUAAUACCCAUGGAGGUUAAGUGCCUCCAGUUGUCCUGUUGGGGCCCUUCUUUGGCUAAGUUUUGGCCUUAACCUGUCUCCACCUGUGCCAGAACACGUUUUCAAGUCUUGUCACAGUAUUGGCUAGUUUAUUGCCUUUUGAUUUUUCAGAGACUCUAACUUAGCCCUUGAUACAUACCAGUUCAGGCUAUAUUGGUAGUACUGGUGGUGGGUCUCUUCCCUUUAGAACAAUGUUGCAGAUCUGCACUAAGAGUAUUAGGCAUAAACCUCCUCUGCUCUCUUUAGCUGUCUUCCACUUGCUCUUGGCCAUGACUCUUGGCCGCAGGAUCAAAUGAAAAAAUGGAGAACUCUCUUCUUCCUUCCUCAUCCUACCAAGAAACUUCCUGAGAGCCAACACUGAAGUGAUGGGUUUUAGGUUUACACUUUUGGUCACUUACCUUAGCUAGAAAAGUCAUGUCUUCUGAGAAAAAGACCCGAGGAAGCCAGAAGUAGUGAGGGUCUUUUUCCACAUGUAGAAGCCACUGAGAGCACUUCAUAUUCCACUUCUAUUGAGGCUGAUCUAAGAGGGGGUCUCUCUUUGUCCCUUUUGGGAGCAUUUCUCUACAGUUCAUUAUCAUUAAGAGAGGGGACCUCAAAUCUGCGGGAUUCUGUCUUAUUUGAGGGUUUAGGGGGAAAAAAAAGCCAGAUGGGUUCUCUCCAUGGGUGAGGGGCCUAAGCAUCUGGCUGGCUAAUGUGUCCCCGAGCCCUAGAGGGUAGAAGACUAGAUUGCAGGUCAGCUGACCGGAUGCUGAGUUUAUACAAAGAUGGUACUGAAAGGACUCUAGACAGAGUUUGUGGUGGUGGCUAUCAGCCUGUGGAGCACCUUCGACUCUCCGGUUAGUGAUAUUGUGGUCUGUACCUGAGCUUUUAAGCACUAGCUAUAACAGCUUUUUCUUGGGCUCUGAGGGGCCCCAUGGCCCCAUUUUCUGACAUGCCACAAUGAUCUGACCUGGAUUCAAAUUCAGGACUACUUUCCAGUUGUUGAUCUUAUCUACAAACUAGUGAUUCUUCUCCAAAACUGAGGAAGAUGGCACCCAUAGAACCAGUUAUAUGGGUGAAGAUAUAUUUUUCAACUCUAGAUUUUAAAUUUUAAGGCCACAGUGAGGAAAAACAGGCAAACCACUUGCCAAUGAGUCAGUUCCAACUCAUGGUGACGACGUGUAUGUCAGAGUAGAACUACGCUCCAUAGGGUUUUCAAGGCUGUGAUCUUUUGGAAGUAGAUUGCCAGGCUUUUCUUACGAGGUGCCUCUGAGUGGAUUUGAACCUCCAAACUUUUAGUUAGUAGCUGAGUGCUUAACCAUUUGAAUCACCCAUGGAGAACAUUGCUCCUGAUUUUGUUGGCUCUUUUCUUUCCCCUGCUCAUUUCCACACGACAUUCCUGAGGCUAUUUCUACUUACUCCCAGAUUGUCUUAUUGGUGGCCUAGAGAUACAGGAUUAUCUUUUUUUUUUCUUUUUUCCUGGUUAUUUCAUAAAUUUUCUUCUUACAACAUGCACAGUAUUUGCCUACAUUCAGUGUUAAAAGUAUUUAUUAAUAUGGAGUCAAUCUUAUGUUUUGAAAUAAACAUGACUGUUUUUGGUGUCCUUUUGAUGUGAUAA